AUGCCUCCUUGGUUGCCUUCGUUUUCACCUUCCUCAAAAUCAUCGUCGUCGACUUCGCCUUCUGACUCUCCCCAGAAAGAUAACUCGAGGAGAAAUAAGCGGAAUGCGUUUCAGAAGUUGAUCGGGAAUACUUCCGGGAAUGACGAAAUCGAUUUGCAGCCGGUUAAGUCCUCGCCGGUCUCCCCUGAAAAAGGGUCCAGGUCAUCCCAUUUCUGGUCAAAAGCCGUGCCUCAGCCACUGCCGCUGCCGGACCUUUCCACCGUUCAGAAGAAUAGCAAUCCCGGUGAUCAUUUGCCGUCACCAAAAGAGGGGCUGAGCAAAGGAGAUGGGGAUCAUCCCUUUAGCACUGCUGUCUCAAGUAUCUUUCCGAAAACUAGGAGGUAUAGCAAUGGUGAUGUUGUCAGCAGAUCAUCUGGGUCCUCAACCUUAGCUCGCAGGGGGAUCUCUAAUGAGCUCUAUGUUGAAGGAGUUGGAUACGACUUUGGCCCUUAUGUUCCGGCAAGGAGUGCUCCUAGUAGUGGUUUUUCAAGUCCAGCAUGGAGCCCCCAAAAGUACAAAACCGUGGACUAUGGCUCUGUUCAAGCUUCGUUUGGUUUAGAUUUUCCAGCGCAGGAUAGGUUCAUUGGGACUCCAUCCCCGGGAGUAUCCAUGAGAAUGAUGUAUAGUCCAGAUCGCUCGCCACUACAAAGCCCCAAAGGACAAAAUUCAUGUAUGAAUACUAGGAAACAUUCAUCUGCUCCGCAGAUUUCAUGUCAGAAAUCUCAUUCAGAGACAUGGAUUGAAAAUAAUACUGCCACUGUGCAUCCUCUGCCUCUUCCUCCCGGAGCUUCAAGGUCACUGCAACUCCCUGCAACCCAUCAAUACAUGGACAAGUCGGACGCAUUAGAUGCAUCACCAGUUAAGGGUCAAUGGAGAAAAGGAAGGCUUAUAGGGCGUGGUACAUAUGGAAGUGUUUAUGUUGCAACUAAUACGAAAACUGGAGCUCUCUGCGCAAUGAAAGAGGUUGAUCUUAUUCCAGAUGAUUCCAAAGCUUUGGAAUGCAUAAAGCAGUUGGAACAGGAGAUCAAAGUUCUUCGCCAUUUAAAGCAUCCAAAUGUGGUUCAGUACCUUGGCUGUGAAACUAUUGGGGAUCGUUUUUGCAUAUACUUGGAGUAUGUUCAUCCAGGAUCAAUUAAUAAGUAUGUAAAAGAGCAUUGUGGAGCUAUGACAGAGUGUGUAGUUCGCAGUUUUACUCGCCACAUUGUUUCAGGGUUGGCUUACUUGCAUAGCAAGAAGACAAUACACAGGGACAUUAAAGGUGCAAACCUGCUUGUGGAUACACAGGGGGUUGUCAAGCUUGCAGACUUUGGGUUAGCAAAGCAUCUUACAGGGUGUGCGAAUGAUCUUUCUUUGAAAGGCAGUCCACACUGGAUGGCCCCAGAGGUCUUGCAAGCUGCUAUGCGGAAAGAUGCAACUUCAGAGCUUGCCUAUGGAGUUGAUAUAUGGGGCUUGGGUUGUACCGUUAUUGAAAUGCUAACAGGGAAACCACCUUGGAGUGACUAUAAUGGGGUGCAAGCUAUGUUCAAUGUCUUGAACAAAUCACCGCCAAUACCAGAUACAUUGUCUCCAGAAGGGAAGGAGUUCCUUCAGUUGUGUUUUCAGCGAAGGCCUCAAGAUAGGCCAUCAGCAGCCGUGCUACUUGACCAUCGUUUCUUGAGAAAUCCAUCCGACCAAGAACUAGCAAGUUGCUUGCAGGAAUUAUCUGGAGUGACACUUUCUGACAAGCAAAUUAGUCCAGACUGCGAAAAGCGGAAGAAGGAUUUGGCGUCAUUUCUGCCAAACAUGUAUACAAAGAGUCCGGAACAGUCAGAUCACAGCGAAAUCUCUCAAACUGGUCCUAAAGUUUCAGAUUGUGGACCCACUUCUCAUCACUCUCCUCGUUCAACACUUGAGGUUCCUCCUAGUACCUCCCCACCAGAGCUCAGCAACAAUUUGAAUACUGCUUGCCGACCUAAUGGUUUCGACAGCUUACUGGAGGGAAUAAAGAAAGGGGCUAUCUUAUGA